AUGUGUUACUUUGGAGGAUACUAUGGAAGCCUUGGCUAUGGCUAUGGUGGCCUAGGCUAUGGCUAUGGCUGUGGCUAUUCCUGUGGUUAUGGCUAUGGUGGCUAUGGUGGCUAUGGUGGCUAUGGUGGCUAUGGUUAUGGGUGCUGCCGCCCUCUGUGCUGCAGGAGGUACUGGUCCUACAGCUUCUACUGA